CUCAUUCCUUUGAUAGACCCUUUUCCACGUCGCGAAAAAAAAAAAAAGAGAAAACCACGAAAAAAAACCAUCCCACCCUUGACCUGUAUUACAAUUGUCCGUCAAGAAAAGAAGAAAGACCAAAUUGCGCAACGAAUAAAAAGGAUCGAACACGGCAAUGGUGCACAAAUCAAAGCUCAAGUUGGCCCUCGCGGCUGAAAAGGGCUUGGAUUACCGAAAGAUCAAGGAGAAGCGCAAGGUCAAGGCCAACUUGAAGGAGAAGGAGAAGAAAAAGGCAGAGAGAGCAAAGCGCGAGCGUGGCGACGACGCCGAAUCGGAGGAGGAGGAAGAUGAAGAGUGGCAGGAUGAGGAGGAGAGCGACGAGGAUGGAGUAGAGAACGGCCUGUUCGACAUGGAGGCAGAGGAGUCGGACGACGACGACGGUGAUGACGACAAAGAGAUCAACUUGGGCAACUUGGAAGACAGCGAAACCGACUCCGAGUCCGAGGUAGAGAUGGAAGCCAAGAUUAUCCGCCCGAAAAAGUCAAAAGACAAGAAAGAGACCAAGGACAGGACAUCAAAGAAAACCAAGCCCGCCGCCGCAGCCAACGAUGACGACGAAGACGACGAAGAGGACGACGACGACGACGACGAGGACAUCCCAAUGAGCGACCUGGAAGACCUCCCCGAGGACGACAAGUCGGACCUGGUCCCGCACCAACGCCUGACGAUCAACAAUACGACGGCGCUGCUGGCCGCGCUGAAGCGCAUCGCCCUGCCCACCGAUGGCACCGUGCCUUUCGCGACGCACAUGUGCUUGACGCCGGCCCCCGGCACCGCCCCGACCGAGGCCUCGAUCCCUGACGUCUCGGACGACCUGGCCCGCGAGCUGGCCCUGUACAAGCAGUCGCUCGACGCCGCCAAGCGCGCCCGACAGCUUCUCCGCGCCGAGGGUGUCCCCUUCACCCGCCCCGGCGACUACUUUGCCGAAAUGGUCAAGCCCGACGAGCACAUGGAGAAGGUCAAGGCCAAGCUGGUCGAGGACGCCACCGCCAAGAAGGCCGCCGCCGAGGCCAGGAAGCUCCGCGACCUCAAGAAGUUUGGCAAGCAGGUCCAGGUUGCAAAACUGCAGGAGCGCGCAAAGGCCAAGAAGGACACGCUGGAGAAGAUCAAGGAUCUCAAGAGGAAACGCCAAGAAGGCGGUUCCUCGGCCUUGGGCGAGCGCGAGGCCGACAUCUUCGACGUUGCCGUCGAGAAUGAGCUCAAGAAGCCGAGCGGCGGCAAGCGCAACUCGGCCUUUGGAGACCGGAACCGCGACGAGCCGAACCGCAAGCGUCAGAAGAAGAACGACAAGUACGGCUUUGGCGGCAAGAAGAAGUACUCCAAGUCGGGCGACGCCAUGAGCUCCGGCGACCUGAGCGGGUUCAGCGUCGGCAGGAUGAAGGGCAAAGGUGGCAAGGGCGCAAAGUCGGCCCCCAGGCCUGGUAAGAGUAAACGAGUGGCCAUGGCUUCCAAGAGGAAAUGAGGAGUAGGAUCAAGUACCUUUAACUUUGGUGAGAUUGCUGGGAGGGCGUUGAGAUAACUUGUACAAAGCCGAAUACGUUUUUGCAGAGGCCUGGCCCUUAAAAAGAAAAAGUAAGAGCUGAACAGCCGUCCCCAAGGGCCUUAGUGUUGAGUGAGGUUGGGUUGCCAAUCGGCCCUUGAACAAGGUUCAGAUACUAUCCGUAUCCAUUGUUUCAGUUGAAAAAUACAAAUAAAAUAUGACUUUUAGUAAUC